AUGGACGUUUCUCAUCUCGCUCAUCUGAUUAGACGAUCAAGAUCCAGGUCAUUCGCUGCCGGACCUGUAGGACAUGCGAACAUCGUUGUGAAAUCACCCAACGAUAGUGGGGUAGUAUUGGAGAAGAAAGCGGCAGGAGAGUACGGUCAUGUCACCGCUCCAACUUCCACUGCCGGUGCUGCCACUCGUACAGUUGGUAAAGCCGCACAGAUCACCAGUACACAAAGGCAGGCCGCUCAAGCUGCUACGAUAGGAACGACUAGAAGUUCUGUCUCUAGCAUAGCCGCCAAAGCUGGUACAUCAGAUGGAUCAGCCAAAGCCACUUUGGCAUUGAGUUCUGCUAAGAGCACCAUCGCUCAGUCUUCUUCCGCUGCUUCCUCCACAACUUCCACAUCGACGUCCUCAUCUACUUCCACCUCCACGUCUACCUCAUCGUCCUCAUCCACUACUCCCUCUUCAACUAGUACGAGAACCUCGACCACGACCAGGUCUUCCAGUACCGUCCAUUCGACUUCCACCUCCGCUGUAAGGGCUUUGACAUCUUCGACCACCAGUUCGUCUCUACCAUCCUCCACUCUCAACGCCGCUAAAACCAGUUCCUCUUCUUCCGGCAUGUCCACCGGCUCUGUCGUUGGUGUAGCAUUAGGAGCAAUAUUUGGAGUAGUAGUUAUCGGUAGUUUCGUCGGAUGGCUUUAUCGAAAAUACACUGCUCGAGCGUAUUCCUCCAAAUCACCUUGGUCGAAGAUCGACGACGAUAUCACUCCAUACCCUCCACCAAAUGAGAAAUACAGUGAUCAACCUGCCGACGAUAUCUAUGGUGGUGCAGCUGCGCCGGUAAUUGGGUCCAGACGUGCUUUGGCUCUGGCAAGGGAAAACGCAUAUGACGGUUCACUUAGACCAGAUUCAGAAAUGUAUGAUAGAGAUAGCAAUCAUGCUGGAUUCGGAGCUGGUGGUUUGGCGAUGGGAAUGGCUGCUUCACCUAGUUAUGGAUACGAUGCACAAGGAAGACCUUACAAUCCUCAACCUGGAGCGACACCCAUGUCAUACGGAUACGAAGAUCAGUAUACCCCAUACUAUGAUUCAUCUCCUCAAUCUGCGGAUCACAGACAACUUGUCGGUCCCAAUGCUCAUCCUUACGCCAUGUCUAUGCCCACUGCUAUGCCGAUGGGUCGACCAGCCGCUCCUUCGACAGCAGCUGAAUUUGCCUUAGCAGAAGAUUACGCCGACGAACCGCUCACACCCGGCUUAGCAUAUACCGGGGACGAGCCUAGAACACCAACCUCUCAAAUCGGUACGGCUUUCGCUCCUCCUGCUAAUGGUUCAAACUACAAUCAGAAUCGAAGUCGGGUUUCUCUCAUACCUCAGGCACCUAGAGUGAUGUCACCUACGGAAUCAUUGACUGUUCACGAUACCGUGCCCGCGCCUCACCUUGCACCUCCUCCGCCGGUAGCUUCAGCCUCCUCUAGUCAUAUCCCCUUACCUGCUUUUGCGCCCCUCUCACCACUCAUGGACGAUUUCACCUUCAAGAGACAAUCUCAGCCUUUGGCGAUGUACGAGGAUGAAAAGACCGCUCAGAAGAGGAUGUACACUGAAGUAGCUACUACGGCGGGUAUUGUCGAGCCUACUACACCUUGUUCCGCUGGUCCAAGUCCUGACCCUCAAUUGAACGAAUCUACCACAUCGACUACAUCAAGUUUCUCUGCUCCCCAGGCCAAUACUUCUACGGAAACAAUGAGAUUACCUGAAGUUACCGUAAACCCACCUGAACCAUACGUGCAUGGUCAACCUUUAUCGCCAUUGAAGGAAGUUCCCACGCCUUUAUCGACAGCCUCCACCGGUGAACCAUUGUUAAACCCAUUUGAUUUACCUUUACCUACUCGAAAUCCUGGUUCUUCCAGUUUGAGUGCACCGCCAUACAGCGCAACAAGUAGUUCAGGAGCUACUGGAUACCCAUCUGCGAUCCCCUCUGCUGCUUAUCCACCGCCCAGUCAUGGAGGGAUGAGCGUGCCGGGAAGUGUGACUGAUUCGCCCCGAUGGGUGAAUGACACUUCCUCGACAUCUAGGGGAAGGACUGUUAGUGUGUAUGAGGAAGAUGAUGCGUAUGGAGGUAUUUAG